AUGAGAAAGAAUGACCAGCUGCAAGCAGCAUCAAUCUCCCUCCCUCCUCCAUUCUCCCUCUCACCACUCCGCUCCAACCACACUUUCCGAUUAACCUCCCCCAACUACGUCGGCUACAACCCCUCCUUCCAAUGGGCCAACCUUAUCCCAAAGGUGGUCGGCUGGUCCAUCCCCACCGACCUCGACAACGGCUUUAUCGCCCCCUCCGCCUUCUCCAUCUCCGACAUCAUCUGCCACAAAGUUGCCACCCCCGGCCAAGACACCACCGCCAUCACCGCCGGCUCGUCCCUAAUCCUCGAGUGGACCUCCUGGCCCAGCUCCCACCACGAGCCAGGCAUCGACUACCUCGCCCCUUGCAACGGGCCUUGUGCAUUGGUCGAUAAGACGGCACUGCGCUGGUUUAAAAUCGAUGGCGUUGGGCUCCUCUCCGGCAGCAACCCGGGUAACUGGGAGACUGACACUCUCAUCGCAAAUAGCAAUACAUGGAGCGUCAAGAUCCCAGCGGAUAUGGCGCCGGGGGAGUAUGUCCUGCGCCAUGAGAUCAUCGUGUUGCAUGCGGCGGGGCAGGCGGAUGGGGCACAGGAUUACCCCCAGUGUGUGAACCUCAAUAUUAAGGGCAGCGGCACCAAGAAGCCGGCGGGCGUGGCGCUGGUGGGGUCGUAUACCCCGACUGAUCCGGGGAUUCUGUAUAAUCUUUAUACCUCGUUUUAG